AGCAUCGGAGGCGUACACGUCAACCUGCGCUCUCAGCUGCCACUGCCGGGCCGGACCAAGAUUCUUAUUUUCUUAAAUAACUCGUCAAGUUUAUUUGAAUCACUUCGUACGUAAACUGUGAUAGCUAACACAGAAGAAAAGAGAGAUUAGCAACGUGAACAGCGCACAAAGCAAUUGUGAUUAAUAGCUAGACUUUCGUCUGAGAAGAAAAUCCCAAGACAUCCAUCAACAUGCGUGAGUGCAUCAGCGUCCACAUUGGUCAGGCCGGCGUGCAGAUUGGCAACGCCUGCUGGGAACUGUACUGCUUGGAACACGGAAUCCAGCCCGACGGCCACCUCGCCGAAGAUGUUCCCCAAGAAGAAAAUAUGUACACAACCUUCUUCCAGGAGACAGGAAGGGGCAAGUAUGUUCCACGUGCUAUCUACGUGGAUCUGGAGCCCACUGUUGUUGACGUGGUCAGGACCGGCCCAUACCGCCAGCUGUUCCACCCUGAACAGCUGAUCAAUGGUAAGGAGGACGCAGCCAACAACUACGCUCGUGGCCAUUACACCAUUGGGAAAGAACAAGUGGAUUUAGUAAUGGACAAGCUGCGCAAGAUGGCAGAUGCUUGCUCAGGUCUUCAGGGCUUCCUCGUCUUCCACUCCUUCGGCGGAGGCACUGGAUCUGGCUUCACGUCCCUGCUGAUGGAGAGGCUCUCGGUUGACUACGGGAAGAAGAGCAAACUGCAGUUCACCGUGUACCCCGCCCCCCAGAUCUGCACGGCGGUCGUCGAGCCCUACAACUCCAUCCUGACGACCCACACGACCCUCGAGCACUCCGACUGCGCCUUCAUGGUCGACAACGAAGCCAUCUACGACAUCUGCCGGAGGAACCUGGGCAUCGAGCGCCCCUCCUACGAGAACCUCAACCGCCUCAUCGGCCAGAUCGUGUCGUCCAUCACAGCGUCGCUCAGGUUCGACGGCGCCCUCAACGUCGACUUGACCGAAUUCCAGACCAACCUUGUGCCUUACCCCAGGAUCCACUUCCCUCUCGUCACGUACGCGCCCGUGCUUAGCGUGGAAAAGGCCUACCACGAACAGCUGUCUGUGGCCGAGAUUACAAACGCUUGCUUCGAGCCCAACAACCAGAUGGUGAAGUGUGAUCCACGUCACGGAAAAUACAUGGCGUGUUGCCUGCUGUACCGUGGAGACGUUGUUCCCAAGGAUGUCAACUCUGCCAUUGCUGCCAUCAAGACGAAGAGGCAGAUUCAGUUCGUGGACUGGUGCCCUACUGGCUUCAAGGUGGGCAUCAACUACCAGGCUCCCACGGUGAUCCCCAACGGCGACAUGGCUCCCACUCAGCGCGCCGUCUGCAUGAUCUCCAACACGACCGCCAUCGCCGAGGCCUGGGCCAGACUCAACCACAAGUUCGACCUCAUGUACUCCAAGCGCGCAUUCGUCCACUGGUACGUCGGAGAGGGUAUGGAAGAGGGAGAGUUCGCUGAGGCCCGCGAGGACUUGGCUGCCCUCGAGCACGACUACGAGGAGGUGGCCCAGGAUUCGAACCAGGACGAGGACGAGGACAUCGAGUAUUAAGGAAGAGAAGAGAAGAGGCGGAGCGGCGGGGACUUGAGGCCGUCGUGAAGAGCGAGAUGGAGAGGGAGAGAGAGAGAGAGAAAGAGGGGGAAGAAGAGACCUAAAAAAAAGGAGACAGAUAAAAAAAAAAAAGA